AUGGGAGGAGGUAGUGCUCUACUAAUAAAUUCCAAUCGUCGAGGAGGUUCCGGCGGAUCAGAAUUCGGAUGUACCGGAUGGUUUUGUGAUAUUUUGGAUGGAGCAAUGAUGCUUUUGGUUAUUAUGAUAAUUGCAACCGCCUUCAUCGGAUGUCUCAAAUCUUGUUUCAAUCGAAAAAGAAAGUAUCCUGACCAAGAAAUCGAGCCUAAAAGAAUUUCUGAGCAACCACAAAAUCUGGGUCAUCAAGAAUCUUCCGAAGCUCCGCCCACUCAUCUUCCAGUAGUGAUUGUGAUGGAGAAUCCUCCGGAUUACGAAGAAAACGAAGAAAGUUUGUAUCUCCCUCCUUCUUAUUGUACCUUGAGAUUUGAUCAAAACGCACAAGGAGUCCAAAUAUAA